CGAACCUGAGGGAGGGGUCGGCCUGCGGGUAGCCGGAGGCUGGGAGGCUCUGGAGCCUAGGGUGAGCGAGGGAGCGAAAGGUGAGCUGAGCUGAAGGAGGGGACGCGCUGCUGGGCGCCCCCGGUCUAUGGAGCGGGGUAAGAUGGCGGAGGCGGAGAGUCUGGAGACAGCGGCGGAGCACGAGCGGAUCCUGCGAGAGAUCGAGAGCACUGACACGGCCUGCAUCGGGCCCACGCUCAGGUCUGUCUAUGAUGGUGAAGAACAUGGACGAUUCAUGGAGAAGCUUGAAACUCGCAUCCGCAAUCAUGACCGAGAAAUUGAGAAAAUGUGCAACUUUCAUUACCAGGGCUUUGUGGACUCUAUAACUGAACUGCUGAAAGUAAGAGGAGAAGCCCAAAAACUCAAAAAUCAAGUGACGGAUACUAAUAGAAAACUACAACAUGAGGGAAAGGAACUGGUAAUAGCAAUGGAAGAGCUGAAGCAGUGUCGACUACAGCAGAGAAAUAUUUCUGCCACUGUUGAUAAAUUAAUGCUGUGUCUUCCAGUCUUGGAGAUGUAUAGCAAACUGAGGGACCAGAUGAAAACUAAAAGGCAUUAUCCUGCACUGAAAACUCUGGAACAUCUAGAGCAUACCUAUCUGCCUCAAGUAAGCCACUAUCGAUUCUGCAAGGUGAUGGUGGACAACAUCCCCAAGCUUCGAGAAGAAAUUAAGGAUGUUUCUAUGUCUGAUCUCAAAGACUUUCUGGAGAGUAUCCGCAAACAUUCAGACAAAAUUGGAGAGACUGCCAUGAAGCAAGCCCAACAACAAAGAAACCUGGAUAACAUCGUCUUGCAACAACCCAGAGUAGGUAGCAAGAGAAAAUCUAAGAAAGAUGCAUAUACAAUUUUUGAUACAGAGAUAGAAAGCACUAGCCCCAAGUCCGAACAGGAUUCAGGAAUUCUGGAUGUUGAAGAUGAGGAAGAUGAUGAAGAGGUACCUGGGGCCCAAGAUUUGGUGGAUUUCUCUCCUGUUUAUCGAUGUCUACACAUAUAUUCUGUCCUGGGUGCCCGGGAAACAUUUGAGAACUACUACCGAAAACAGAGGCGAAAACAGGCCCGUUUGGUGCUCCAGCCUCCAUCUAACAUGCAUGAAACUUUAGAUGGCUACAGAAAGUAUUUUAAUCAAAUUGUAGGCUUUUUUGUGGUUGAAGAUCACAUUUUACAUACAACCCAGGGCUUAGUAAAUAGAGCCUACAUUGAUGAGCUAUGGGAAAUGGCGCUUUCAAAAACCAUCGCGGCGCUCCGUACCCACUCGUCUUAUUGCUCUGAUCCAAACCUCGUGUUAGAUUUGAAGAACCUCAUUGUGCUUUUUGCUGACACACUUCAGGUGUAUGGUUUUCCUGUAAAUCAGCUUUUUGACAUGCUGCUAGAAAUCAGAGAUCAGUAUAGUGAAACUCUGCUGAAGAAGUGGGCAGGUAUUUUCAGAAACAUACUUGAUUCUGACAACUACAGUCCUAUACCUGUAACAAGUGAAGAGAUAUAUAAAAAGGUGGUAGGACAAUUCCCAUUCCAGGAUAUGGAGCUGGAAAAGCAACCAUUUCCAAAAAAGUUUCCUUUCUCUGAAUUUGUGCCAAAAGUUUACAACCAAAUUAAAGAAUUUAUCUACGCCUGUCUGAAGUUUUCAGAAGAUCUUCAUCUAAGCUCAACUGAAGUCGAUGACAUGAUUCGUAAAUCUACAAACCUGUUGCUAACCAGAACUCUGAGCAACUCUCUGCAGAAUGUCAUUAAAAGGAAGAAUAUUGGACUUACUGAGCUUGUCCAGAUUAUUAUAAAUACAACACACUUGGAGAAAUCUUGUAAAUACUUGGAAGAAUUCAUCACCAAUAUCACUAAUGUGCUUCCAGAGACAGUCCACACCACCAAGCUCUAUGGCACCACAACUUUUAAGGAUGCCAGACAUGCAGCUGAAGAAGAGAUUUAUACCAACUUAAACCAGAAAAUUGACCAGUUUCUACAGCUGGCUGACUACGACUGGAUGACUGGAGAUUUGGGCAGCAAAGCUAGUGAUUACCUGGUAGACCUCAUUGCCUUUCUACGCAGCACCUUUGCUGUAUUCACGCACCUUCCUGGAAAGGUGGCCCAGACAGCAUGUAUGUCAGCUUGCAAGCAUUUAGCCACAUCCUUGAUGCAACUGUUGCUGGAAGCUGAAGUAAGGCAGCUCACCUUGGGAGCAUUACAGCAGUUCAACUUGGAUGUCAGAGAAUGUGAACAGUUUGCCAGAUCCGGCCCGGUGCCUGGGUUCCAGGAGGACACGCUGCAGUUGGCCUUCAUCGACUUGAGACAACUUUUGGAUCUCUUCAUCCAGUGGGAUUGGUCAACCUACCUUGCUGACUACGGUCAGCCCAACUGCAAGUACCUCCGGGUGAACCCAGUGACAGCUCUGACCCUGCUUGAGAAGAUAUCUAGAGAGAUGAAGGACACUAGCCGCAAGAACAACAUGUUUGCACAGUUUCGGAAAAAUGAGCGAGACAAGCAGAAAUUGAUUGACACUGUGGCCAAGCAGCUCCGAGGACUCAUCAGCAGCCACCACUCAUGAAGGCUGGCCUCGGGCCCACAGAGGCUGCCUGCCGUAGCCCCACAGUCCUGGACCCAGCCCUGGCUGGCCCUGCAUUUGUGCAUUCUUCUUCAAAGAGAGCAAAUGUAUUUUUUUAAUAACCUAUGUACAGUAUUCGCAUAACUUUUCCCUAUAGUAAAAGAGGCACAAGAAUAAGCAAGUACCUGAGAUGUUGCUAGGCUGGGACUCACGGGAAGUUAUACCAUACUAUCUGUAUUAUCCUAGAGAUGAUGGUGUCAUCAGUGCCAGUAUGAUGAACCACCUUUCAUCCAUGGCUCUAGAGCUUUGGUCUGGAGCUCAGGAACUACACAAACAAGUGGGUACUUGGCACUGGGCAGUAAGGUGAGUCACCAAAAGGGUAGUAAAGUAUCUCCUGUUCACUCCUGGGUGCCCCAUUCACCAGAUAUCGGGGGCUGAUUCUUCUUGACUCGAGGAAAGAACCUGGAAAACAUUACUAUUUAGUAUGUGAAAGACCAGCACACGGUUCUGGAGGUUCAUCUCCUCAGUCCACUAACUGUCAUUGGCUGGUGAACAACAUGGCAUGUGGCAAGAUGACAGCUUCACUCCAGUCCCUGAAGGAUGGCUGUUUCUUUAGCCUAGAUCUGACCUAAUGCUUUCACUACUAAUUAUUCUGGGGGAGGAUAGAGCUAAGUAUGCAGUGGUAAUAAUUGGACCCCAUGACUAACUGCAAGUUGCCCCCACACCAGGAGGAGAUUUACUGGAUCUUGAAAGCCAUUGUGGAUAAAAUCAGAGCCACUGUCCCUUUCCCAUUCAUCUCAUUUCCUUCUUUCAGGGUCAGGGCACCUGGUUCAGGGCAUAGGUCAACAGUUAUUUCCAUGGGUCUUUACAGAGAGUCUUGGACCUGACCUCCUCCAGCAGUGUCAUUGGGAUAGAUCAUAUUCCAGAAGCCUGAAAAUGGUCCGUCCUUCACCCUUAGUUAAAACCGAAAGAUAAAUUGGGAUUGUUCCUUUGUGUUUUAAAACUAACUUUCUGGCCACUAUCUUUAAAUGAUAUGUCACCUGCUCUGCACUGUAGGGGCAGCCACAGCUAGACUACAUGCCUCUAGGGAUGGAGCCAUGUCACCAUGAAGUAGACAGGGCCAACCAUGGCUAGCAGUUUGUGCCUCUGGCCCAGCUGUCCCUCAUUAAGUCCUGUCCUGGAUAUGAAGCUUUUCUUGCUCAAGCCCAAGGCUUCUGCCCUCUUUUAAGAUCCCCAAAGCCAUCUUUUGGCCUCAUCUGAGAAAGGCUAUCUAUAACCCUGCCCCCCAAACUCUAGAGUUUGCACAGGAAGCCUGGGCCAGCUAGCUUGGAGGCUGUGUCCACUGUCCCAGAUGGGCUUCUGAGACUUAAUGCAAGGGCUUUGCUAUGAGGUCAGUGAGAAGAACCUGCACUUUAAGACACUUCAGGAAGAUGCCACUAUGGCUACUAGCAAGAAUAUAGUUGUGCAUCUCCAAACAAUGACAAAUAAGCCACACAGGCAUUUCCAGCUUGGAUUAGUGGGAGGAGAGAGUCAUCAAACAGAAUUCUUCACUACCUUUGUCAGCUACUGAGUUGCUUCUGGGGAGGGCAGUGCUUCCUUUUUCAUUCUCCACCCCCCAAACCCCCCAAUCCUAUCACAACUUGAAAACCAUAGGGAAGAGAAUAUGCACACAGACAUGCAGCCUUCCUCAAAGUUGGAGAGACUGGCUGCAUGUAAGCUCUGCAGAAGCCUUCUGAGCCUCAGCCUGAGGGCUAGGUGGUUGUCCCAGGGUCUUAGGUGAAACUAAGGGAUGAGUACUGCCACUCAGAACUUCAAAAGCCAAGAGAAGGCAGAGGUCCAUGGGAACAAGACCCAAGAUGCAUCUCCCAAGCCCUGGUCUUUAUUGAAAAAGAGCGAGAAACGAUUACACUAAUCUGAAGUCCUGCUGCUUAAGAAGGGUCCAGAACACUCUCCUUCGCUAGUCCCCAGUUUGCAGCAAGACGUCUUCAGCUUUGAGUGCUGAGACUUGAAGUGGGAAUGGAGAAAACCUUAAGUGUAGCACAAUUUUUGUCUUUUUCGAGAGUCAUCAUUGUUGGUCUAGUCUCACACCUGUUCCCUGGAAAAACUGCCAUAGAGGAAAAAGCGAACAGAGUAGAAGAAUGAGGGUACUCUGCACCUUGCACACAGAUCCCUCCAAAGAAAAAGCUUAUUCAAGCUCAAGACUCAUAAAGGUGGGCCCUCUGGUAGAUCUCUUCUUCUCUCUCAGUCUGCCUUCAGUCUUUCCUGACAAAACCAAUGUGCUGCUACCAAGUCAACUGUAGAGACACACUCUUGGUGGGCAGGGAAGGAUAAAAGACAGGGGCCAGCAAUGUCUAAGUUGUUCGAAUUGGUGAAGUAGGACUUUUUCAUUUUGUCUAUAGGCCUCUAGCUAGGCCAGCCCUUGAGAGGACUUGUGCAAAGCAUAUGUGCCCAUGCCCUCAGACUCCUAAGAUCUGGCCUCAAAUGCCCAGAGAUAUAGAAGUGCUCUGGAGGCCUCAAUAUGAGGGUGAGAACAUGGGUGGCUGGAAGCCUACCAGCCGUCUCGUUCGUAUGAAGCCUUGGCCAAGUUCUUGGGGAAACUAGGUCAGUGUUCCUGAAAGUACAGUCUUGUUUGCAACCCUAGUGGGUUUCAGUAGUGCUAUGGGCAGCUUGCAUACUUUCAUAGGAAAAUCUCUCCGAGUAGACUGUAAGUGAAACUGUUGAAAGUGGGAAAGAAGAGGACCUGGAAGUUGAAAACAGCAGAGUCCCUGUUGGCAAAGAGAAUGUGUGGCUUCCAGGGAGCACUCCCUAGUGUCUUCAUUGCGUACCCGGCCUCCCAGUCUCCUAGGCCUCCAAGCCAGCCUGGCUUCACUACGCACUUGACAAGUGCUUGCUCAGCAAGUCCCAGACCCAGGGCCCUUCAUCCCCAAGAUUGGCAUUGGCCGUGACCUUGCUCAGAAGGCCUCUGAGCACACUCCCUGGGGCCUGCUCAGAAAUCCCCCUACCUUAGCCUCCUCUCCCAGGACUCUGGUCCUGGAUGCUUCAGUUGCCUCUUUUUUUUUUUUUAUUUUGCCUGUGUUCGCAAUUACUUUUUACUAAUGUGUUGGAAAUGGCCUUUUUAUUUUGCACAAAUAGUUGCACAUUUAUGGAGGAGAUUUAGGAGAGUCCAUUUUUAACUCUAAAGGGAACUUUUUCUUUAAAACUCACUAGUAAAGCUACUGAUGCAGAUGGGCCUCGUGGUUAGUGGGAACCUCCUGUGUGGAGAGAGCAUGUUUAUUUCUCCUGUACAUUUUCCUCUUUUAACUGCUAUUAAACAAGAGAGCCUACAUACCUGUUUCAAAAGCCACA